ACACGGAGGGAAGCGUUCUAGUCGUUUCCUGGAGUGUGACCGACCUCACGUCCUCGAGCAGGGACAUUAGCGCAGCUUUAACUGAGCGGUUAGCUGGUUUAACAGUCACAGAAAUGGUUUUUGAGAGGAAAAUGCUCACAUAUGGAGACCCUGAGGAAGAGGAGGAGGAUGCUCCAGAAGAGGAAGAGGAGGAAGAAGAAGAGGAAGAUCUAGUGGACCCCCUGGAAACGAUACGAGCCAAAUGUGAGCAGACGGAGCACUGCGUUCACCUAAAGGAGCGUCUGGAGGCGUGUGAAGCCAGGGUCGGGUCCAGGUCCAACACCGAGGAGGAAUGCACAGAGGAGCUCUUCGACUUCCUGCACGCACGGGAUCAUUGUGUUGCACAUAAGCUGUUCCACGAUGUGAAAUGACCCCCGCCCCCUUGAUCACCCCCCCCCAGCAGCUGUAGGACCCCAUCUACUCCCAGUCGCCAUGUUUCCUGCUCUCCUUCGUCCCGUUGAACUGAUCGCCCGUCUUCACGUGCUCCUUCUCCAUGGACACCUGCUGCUGCAGCGGAGCUAGAAGUUUCUAGCCAGACUAAAUGGGUCAGAUUAGAAAUGUUUACCUCAGGUUUGGCCUUUAUUCACUGUUCCAACUCUCAAAUAAAUAUUUUCUCUUAC